ACAAUUGAUCAUUAUUUCCCAGUCAUAUCCUUGCCAUGGCAAGCCAAGGUUCUGGAGAGCCCCAUCAUACGUCCAGAAGACCAUCCUCGAAGGCACCGCUUCAAUCCCUUCUCAGCUUUCGUUCUGAUGGACAGUUGAGCACUCGCCGGCCCACCGAGCCAAACCCUCGGGAUCGAGAUGAACUUGUCCGUGUCUCCAAAGAGACAUUGUCAGUUCUGCCAGGCUUGUUGCUGACACGACCCGAUGCAUCACCAGACGGCCACCUCUGCAAAGAUGAACGAGUGGGCCCGCUCGACCAGAACUUCUGUCCCAACCUCCCCCAAACAAGAAUCCGCGUCAUAAAUGCAGAUUCAAUCGAUGCCGCGGUCGACCUUGCUGCUCGAACCUCUCUGACCAAACCAGUAUGUGUGCUCAACAUGGCAAACGAGAUCCGAGCUGGUGGCGGUUUUCGCACCGGUGCUCUAGCGCAGGAAGAAGCCUUGUGCUACCGCUCUUCACUCUACAUGACGCUCAAAUCCCGUCACUACCCCAUUCCACCGGAGGCAUGCAUUUAUUCGCCCACCGUCCUCGUCAUCCGGGAAAAUCUGGAGUUAGGCCAUCGUCUUCUCGAUUGCCGAGAUCCACGUCAACUCCCUGUCAUUGCUGUGGUAAGUGCUGCGGCAGUAUUUCGGCCCGAGACGAAACAGGUGGUCGCUCAACCCGGACAACCUCCAGUUCAUGUGUAUGCCAAUAGGGCAGAUCGACGACUCAUGAGAACAAAGAUGCGAAUUGUAUUGAGAACCACCAUCAGAAAUCGACACCGACAAGUCGUCUUAGGUGCCCUUGGAUGUGGUGCAUUUCAAAACCCACCCCAAGAAGUUGCAGAAUUAUGGGCCGAGGUAUUGCAGGAGCCCGAAUUCUCUGGUGGAUGGUGGGAAGAUGUCGUCUUUGCUGUGCUUAGCGACCAGAAAAACAAGAACUUCUGGUGGUUUGAAAAGACCCUGGAAGGCUUGCAGGUGUGA